AUGCUAGAGACCAAGGCCAAUGACGGUCUUCGCUUCUCUCAGGAGUACGAGUCUAUUGAUCCAGGACAGCAGUUCACCUGGGAGCACUCCAACCUUGAAGUCAGCAAGCCAAAGAACCGCUAUGCAAAUGUGAUCGCCUACGACCACUCCAGGGUCAUCCUCACACCUGUGGAUGGGGUUCCAGGUAGCGACUACAUCAACGCCAACUACAUUGACGGCUACAGGAAGCAGAAUGCUUACAUCGCCACCCAGGGGCCGCUGCCGGAGACGCUGAGCGACUUCUGGAGGAUGGUGUGGGAGCAGAGGACCUGCACCAUCGUCAUGAUGACCCGUCUGGAGGAGAAGUCCCGG